CUCCCGCCCGCCAGAGCUCGCAAUGAUCCCGGCGUGGCUUAGGGUCGUCGGCGGGGCUUGGCGCCCUUGUCGGGCCGGGGGUCGGGCGAUGCCCUCGCGGCCUCUCAGCGCCGACAACGGCCGACGGAGGAGUACCUUUGAUGUCGUUGUCAUUGGUGGUGGAAUUGUGGGUCUAGCAUCCGCCAGAGAGCUUAGCCUGCGGCAUCCGUCUCUUGCUUUUGCAGUACUUGAAAAGGAAAAGGAAUUAGCUCUCCAUCAAAGUGGGCAUAACAGUGGUGUUAUUCACAGUGGAAUCUAUUAUACACCUGGAUCCUUAAAAGCCAAGUUGUGUGUAGAAGGAGCUGUUCUCUGCUAUGAAUACUGUGACCAAAAAGGAAUCCCAUAUAAACAAUGUGGCAAGCUGAUUGUUGCAGUGGAACAUGAAGAAAUUCCAAGGCUCAAGGCACUUUAUGAAAGGGGGACACAGAAUAAUGUCCGGGGGCUGCAACUAAUCUCUCCCAAAGAAAUACAAGCCAAGGAACCCUACUGUCGGGGGUUGAUGGCUCUGGAUUCCCCAUACACCGGCAUUGUGAACUACAGGCAGGUGGCCCUAGCCUAUGCUGAAGAUUUUCAGACAGCUGGAGGUACUGUCUUGACAGAGUUUGAGGUGGAACAGAUGGAUAUGGCAAAGGAAAGUGCUGAAGGAAGUAAAGAAGGGAUGAAAUAUCCAAUUAUUGUUAGAAAUUCAAAGGGGAAGGAGGUCCGAUGCCGACAUCUUGUGUCCUGCGCAGGACUUUACUCGGACAGACUCUCCCAAAUCUCUGGUUGUGACCCAGAGCCCCGCAUUGUGCCUUUCCGUGGAGAUUAUUUGAUGCUGAAGCCAGAGAAGUGCUAUUUAGUUAGAGGAAACAUUUAUCCGGUACCUGAUCCCCGUUUCCCCUUUCUGGGCAUUCAUUUUACCCCACGGAUGGAUGGUAGUGUCUGGCUUGGACCAAAUGCAGUCCUUGCAUUUAAACGAGAGGGCUACAAAUUUUAUGAUUUCAGUAUUCAAGAUUUUAUAGAUGCAGCUGCUUACAGUGGUUUAUGGAAACUAGCGUUGAAGAAUUUUUCAUAUGGGAUGGGUGAAAUGUACAGAGCAUGUUUUCUAAAUGCCCAAUUGAAGCAGCUGCAAAGAAUCAUCCCUGAAGUUACCAUCAAUGAUAUUCAGAGAGGACCUGCUGGGGUCAGAGCUCAAGCCUUGGACAGUGGUGGGAACUUGAUUGAUGACUUUGUGUUUGAUAGUGGAACUGGAGACAUUGCUGCUCGAAUCCUCCAUGUCAGGAAUGCCCCUUCACCUGCCGCUACCUCCUCCCUUGCCAUUGCAAAAAUGAUAGCCAAGGAGGUGGAGCAGAGAUUCGAAUUGUGACUGGACUGUGGAGACAUGGGCCUCUUUGCUCCUCCUCAUCUUAGCUACUGUGACAGGCAAAGAAAAGGGGUGUUUCUUGUUUGGAAACAGAGGAUUAGAAAAAGGAACCACCUACUAGUUUGCUAUACAAAAGCAUCAAACUUGACCACGAUUGGUAUCACAGCACUGAAACUAUUUAAAGGGAUAGGAAGAUCCAUUGACUGUCAUAUUACUUUGCUAAAGAAAAAUGGUGUUUAUACAUUAGAGCAAUUAGCAAACCAGAAUCUUUCUUCUUUUCCUUAAGAGACGACCUUGUGUCUCAAUAAAGUUAUGUUUCCAAAUAGAGUGGUAAGGAGGAGACUAGACUAAGAGAGCCAGUUCUGCCUAGGUUUCUGUUUUUUUACUUACACAAAGAAUCAAUAAUGGCCAUUAGCCUUUUAAAAAUACUGGAGCAAGCAAGAGAUGUGGUUGUAGACUUUUUUUCAAUCUUAGAUUCAUCUGAAAAAAGGAGUCGAUAAACUGUCCAUCGAUCAUGGUAUCAAUAGAAAAGAAUAUUUGUGCACUGAUAAUGUAAUGAAAGAUAGUGGAUAUUAUAAAGAUAACUGGUGCCAUCUUUAGCAGAAGUUAUGCUGUGAACUUCCAGGAAAAAUAUAUCAGUCAAGCGUCUUUGGUCUUCAGUUUUUAUUUUUAGCAAAGGAAUGCUGACAAAAAUACAAGCAGCUGGUGGUCAGAAGCAAAGUAGUGCAUUAUCCUUACCA